AUGGAACCUAUAAAUUUUAUAAUAAAAACUUUUAGGAUUUCAGAUUAAUUAGUCAAAUUAUUUUUUAAUCCAAGAACCCCAUAAAUUAUAAUUAUUUAGGUUCAAUUUAUAGAAAUGAAUCAAUAAGUUUAACUCAUAAAAUAAACAAUCUAUUCAACGGAAAGCUACUCGCAAUAUUUAAAUUAUAAUUCAAAUAUAAUUUAUUAUUUAAUUGCAUAUAUUUAUAUUCCUAAUAUUGAUUUCUAUUUUCAGCAAUAAGAAAUUAUUCAUAAAAAUUCACAAAUUAUAAAUUAUUGA